AUGGCCGACACGGAUACUUCUCCAGUGUCCACAUCGCUCGCGGACGACGCGAUUGCGUUCGUGGCGCUCGUGAAGGACAAAUAUCCGGGCAAGAAAGUGUUUCUGCUUGGCGCGUACGUGGCUGUAGAGCAAUCGCUUGGCGGCCUGGUCGUCCUGCAUGCACUUAGUAAAGGCGGUCCGAAGCUCGUGGAUGGUGCGGUCAUUUUGUGUCCAGCUACCGAGAUCCAUAAGGCCUCGCGGCCGUCUUUUGUCAUGGAAACUAUUGGCAGGAUGCUGCAUGUUUAUAUGCCAAAGUUGCCGCUUGUGACGGCCAACAGCGGCCAUAACAACUCGCCGGAAGUCGCGGCACUUGCAACUGCAGAUAAGCAUGCGGAUCCUCUGUACUAUCCCGGCAAGAUGCGCAUUGGUACGGGACUAGCCCUUCUUGAAGGUAUUAAGAGCAUUCAAGACAAGCUCGAGUUGAUUGAGACACCGUAUCUGCUGCAGCACGGCAUGGAAGACAGGGCUUGCAGUGUCACGGGUUCAGCGGCACUUCACUUAAAGACGCGCAGUGCCGACAAGACAUUCAAGACGUACGAAGGAGCGCACCAUGAUCUAGCCAGCGAGCCACCCUCGCAUCCGUGA